AUGCAACCACUGAUUUUCCUCCUCCUUGCCUUGACACUCUGUGUCAACGCAGCCAAUAGCACGAACUGUCGCUGUUUCCCCGGCGAUCCUUGUUGGCCCUCGUUCCAGGACUGGGCAGACUUCAACACCACUGUCGGUGGCAAGCUAAUCUCGACCGUUCCCAUCGGCAGCGUCUGUCACACCAGGGGCGACUCCUCGGCCUACAAUGAGCAUGCAUGCGCUAAUUUGAUUGCCGACUGGGGGUUUCCCGCCACCCACUACACCACCUUUGCCUCGCCAAUGGCUUCCUGGUUUGCCAAUUUCUCUUGUGACCCGUUUAUGCCACGAGACUCGCCAUGUACCAUCACCUCGCUGCAGCGCUAUACGGUCAAUGUCAGCGGGGUUCAGGAUGUGCGAAAGACGAUCCAGUUUGCGAGAGAGCACAACAUUCGCCUGGUCAUUCGCAAUACCGGGCAUGAUUACCUCGGAAAGUCGACUGCACCCGGUGGUCUUGCUCUGUGGAUGCAUCAUCUGAAAGAUACGAAGUUUUUGGACUACAGUUCAGACUCUUACAGCGGCCCUGCUUUGCGACUGGGCGCGGGCGUCCAGGGCUUCGAAGGGAUGGCUGCCGCGCAUGCACAGAAUAAGGUCAUCUUGGCUGGGAAUUGCGAGAGCGUGGGAAUCGCAGGUGGAUAUAGCCAAGGUGGAGGCCAUGGUCAACUUGCUUCUCGGUUUGGUCUGGCAGCGGAUCAGGUCCUCGAGUGGGAGGUGGUGACUGCCGACGGACAGCAUCUUAUUGCAUCUCCCGAAAAGUACUCUGAUUUGUUCUGGGCUUUGUCUGGGGGAGGUGGUGGCACCUUCGCUGUGGUCAUGAGCGUUACUGUCAAGCCACAUCCCGAAGUUAGCACGGCUUCGGCAAAUCUCACAUUCAGUGGAGCAUGUGUCUCUGCGGAUGUUUUCUGGAACAUCAUCCGUAACUUUGUCGUUGACAUUGCUCCGCUGGUUGAUACUGGAGCCGUGGCUAUUUGGGCUGUCAUUGGGAAAACAUUUACUUUGACGCCCAUCUCCUGGCCUGGCGGUACCGCGGAGCAGCUACAAAACGGUCUGGCGUCUACCCUAGCUCUACUGGAACAAAAUAAGAUCAAUUAUGCCUAUCACAUCCAACAGUUUCCCACCUUCUGGGAUACCUACGCCGCCAUGAAUCCGCACAGCAACAUCACAGAAGCCCAGGUUGGAGGUCGACUCAUGCCGCGUUCGGUCCUCGAGUCUACUCCAUCUAGCCUCAUCACAGCCCUGAGAGGAAUUGCUGAGUUGGGAGUUGUGGUAUCGGGUGUCUCGCUCAACGUCUCACGUUCCCCAGUUCCCUACAAUGCUGUUAACCCAGCUUGGCGAGAUGCUGCCAUUUCAGUCGUUCUUGGAACUGGCUACAACUAUACCAAUCGCGAAGAGAACGUCAAGUGCCAAUCAUUGAUGACGGAUGUCUUGAUUCCUCCCCUGACGGCAAUCAGCCCUAAUAGCGGCGCAUACCUUAACGAAGCGGAUUGGAAACAGCCAGACUGGCAGAAAACCUUUUAUGGCAGUCAUUAUUCAGCUUUGGAAGAGAUCAAACGGAAAUUUGACCCGGAUGAGAUGUUCUACGCCCGUACUGCGGUAGGAAGCGAGGCGUGGACCGAGCAAAGUGAUGGUCGACUGUGCCGAGCUUGA